UGAUUUGCGGGCUGUGGUAGUAACAUCAUCAAAUCGAUGCAGGUCUCGAUAGUUUUCAAGUGUGUUUUUAACACAACCCAGGAAAAAUGUAAAUAACGUAAAUUUCAAUCAUCGAAGGCUUUGUUUCCGUUUCGCAUUGUUGUUCUAGAACUUUAACACCCUGUCAACAAAAUUACCUGCUACACAUUCAUUUAGACACAAUUGGCUCAGAGAUACUAUUUUUCAGAUGUGAUGUCUACAGAUGUUAAAUGGUAAAUCAUUUCUGCUAUUGUGGAAAUGUUCUUCACAAAUUAUGAGCGUUCGGAGUCUAGGUUGGUGCAAAUAAGUGAGGUGCAUAUGCUCGUUCGGUUGUGCGGUGACUCUGGGUGUUUCGUGACAUUUAAUUGAAGGAGACUACAAUUAAAUUUAAUACGAAGUUCUACUAUGUAGAAAACAUAAAUCUUGUUGUUCGGUGACAGUUACUCGUUUUCCACGCCCUUCCACGAAGAAAGUGUUCACUGUCGACAGUAUUAAUGGAAAUGAACAUUUUGGAAAAUGUCAAAAGGAAAACUACGAACUAUCACCGACGUCUGUGCAGACUGCGGUUCACAAGACCCUGCUUGGGCAUCGGUGAAUAGAUGUGUUGUCCUCUGCGAUGACUGUUGCUCUGUACAUCGGAGUCUGGGGCGACAUGUAUCACAAAUAAAGUCCCUUCGGCGCAGUGUGUGGAGUGCUUCACAGCUUCUGUUAUUGCAGUCACUGAACAGCCAUGCUGUUAACAGUGUAUGGGAGCAUGCAUUGCUGGAACCUGGGCGACUGGCUAGUCACCGCAAACCGCAUCCAAGAGACCCAUUGCAUCCAAAGAAAACUGACUUCAUCCGAGCAAAAUAUCUGCAUCUAGCAUUCGUAUUUAGACCAGGGAAAGAUGAACCUCCCCUUCAGGAAGAUGAUUUAAGCCAGCAGCUGCAUUCCAGUGUGCGGACUGCCAAUUUGGAGACUAGCCUUCGCCUUUUAUCACAGGGGGCAGAUCCUUGUUACUUCCAUCAGGAGAAGGGUACAACUCCUCUUCAUGUAGCUGCAAAAGAGGGACAGACCUGCCAGGGAGAGCUGCUUAUUGCGUGGGGAGCUGAUCCUAUGGCUCCAGAUGCACAUGAACAGACACCAGUUGACUAUGCAAGGGCAGCAGGUCACAGAGAUCUGGCAGAGAGGCUAGUGGAGUGCGCAUAUGAACUGACAGACCGUUUGGCUUACUACUUGUGCUCUCGUCGGCCUGACCAUGUGGCUGGUCAGCACUACAUCAUACCUGAGAUGGCCGAUCCACUUGAGCUCUCAGAACUGUCAAAAGUUGCCCGCAAAAAGCUGCAGCAGCUGCCAAACCAUGUAUUUGAAGAGUUAGCAAUGGAUGUGUAUGAUGAAGUUGAUAGAAGAGAGAUAGAUAUGAUUUGGCUAUCAUCUCAUCGAGGCAGUAAUGCGACAGUGCCUGCUGAUUGGUGUUCUGUGGUUCCUUUCCUCCCAGUGAAUCCAGAAUACUCAGCAACACGUAAUCAGGGUCGUCAGAAGUUAGCCCGAUUUAGUGCCCGUGAAUUUGCUACGCUUAUAAUAGAUAUAUUAGCCGAUGCACGUCGACGGCAGAAUAGCACUGCCACUACGUCUUCACUUGUGAUUUCACAAGAAGCUGUAGGGGGUAACAAAUAUCAGCACCGGCAGCAUCCCAUGGAAGCAUCAAAAUCAUCAGUAAUGUCAUCAUCCAGGCAUCCAAUUCUGUCUGCUAUUGCAGGAACAAAACAUCGCUCUGAGGUGUCUGAUGAUGAACCAUUAUAUGAUAGUGUUGCAUCAGAUGAAGACUAUGUUGGAACAGAUCAACUGAAAUUGCUCCCUCAGCAAGCACAGUCUGUGAAUGAAUCACAGAAACCACAGGAGAAGAUGCAAGAAGAGAAAAGCAGUUCUGAGAAUGUUGAUUCACCUGUGUCAGAAAUUUCUAAGGACCAAUCUCCUUCAACGUCAGAGGAGAACAGUACUGCAUCUACAAUAGAGCAUUCACUUCGUUUGCAACUUGCUACUUCAGAAGCAAGAAUGGAUGAACUCAGAUUGCAACUGAACAUUCUACAAUCCACGGUCAGCAGCUUACUUGCUGAAAAUCAGGAACUUCGGCAGUUGCUGCAGUCAGCAGGUCUCAAUAUUCCCACAGUCGCCUCUCCUCAGCCUAACGGUUAUGAACCUGUUCAAGAUAUGAGGGGUCGCUCUACCAUUCAGCGACCUGCAUCCAUGUAUGAAACACGAGAGGGGAUCAGGAGUGCUGUUUCUAUCAUAAACAAGAAGGAUUCAUCGGGGGACUACGACUGCCCUUCAGGACCUGUUCGGCCUGCUGUCACCCAAAGUCUCUAUAGCAGUAGCACUGUUGGAGGUGUUAUGCCUGUUAGUGAGGAAGUUAUUAGGCGAACUGACCAAGUAACGAAACGAAUACAGGAGUUGGUUGUGUCAAUGCAAGGAUCUGCUGGUUGUGAUGCUUUUGUGCCUUGUGCUGAAAGAAUAAGAGUUGCUGUUGCAGAACUUACUGCUAUAUUUCCACAGAAUCCUCUUGAUGAGCAUAUCCGUAUACCACUUCGUCAGCUGAAUGGCAACACAGCUCGCCUACAGACAAUUUGUGCUAACCUGCAGAGAUGCACUGGAGAGACAGAUCGGUCAUAUUAUCUUCAACAAGUACGUUCCUGUGCAUAUGACAUAGCAAAAGCAACAAAGCAGUUAGUGACAUACACUCCACAGUGAUUAGUCUGUUGAUAAGUGAUAAGGUGAUAUAUUUCUGCAUUUUAUUUUUGUUUCUAUGAAAAUACAAGGUACACUUUAAAUUUGUAGCUCUGUAAGAAGCAGGUGAAAUAUUCCAACAGUGAAAAAUCAGUGGAAGAAAAACAACCAACUAUACAUAUGGCACAUACUAAUGACUGCUGAGAGGGAUAACUCAUGUUGAAAACGAAAAUAUCAUUAUUCCAGUUUUUAAUGAACUCCACAAUAAUUUCUGCAUGCAGAUAAAAAGUACAGCCUCAUGGCUAGAUGAGUUUUGUUUCUAUGCUUCAGAACCUCCAGUAUAUGAACAAAUACUAAUAUGUGUAUAGAUACUAUGUGAGCAGUGUAGAAUUGCUGCUUUACUGAGUUUAUUGUCUGACUUUGGUUAUGUUGAUCUAUCACAUGCUGUUGUGUCUGUUUAGUUGGAAAAACUUACGGACCAUUGGCUUUUUGCCAGUCAGCUUAUUAAUCAGUGAUUGUUUACAGUUCCAGUAAGUGAAUGUUCUGAAAGUUGAAGGCAUAGUGAGGCACGGAAUGAACAUGGAAUCAGUAAGCUAUCUUAUUGAAUUACUUGUUGGAUUAACAAGAUAAAAAUUGAGAAUUAUAAAAAUUUAUUUUUGUUUGGUUCUCAAAAUCUUCCAGAAGCACAAAGUAUGAGCAGUUUGGUGCACAGUUGUCAUUGUUACUCAGUCCAUAGAGUUUGUCAUUAGUGCCUGAAUUAUAUAGUCUUCCUUAGUUUUCAAUUAGUAAGAGACAAAAAUUUUCAAUGGUAUUGUUGUAAUAGGUGACUAUAUGAAUGUCUACUGUGUUGGUGCUUCCCUAGUGGUUUAUGUGUAAAUUUAAGUGCUGGAAAAUUGGUAUUUUGUAAAUGUCAUGAUCCUAAUCAAAAUUUUAGUAAUCAGUCUGACCACAUAAGGUAUGUGCAUUAAUGAAAGUAUGUCAGUGCAUGUGCAAACAGUUAAAUGAGUAUAUUUUUAUUGUGUGACAUAUUUGAAGACUAUUUUCAUCGGACAAGCUGCAGAAAUUGCAGCUUGUGAAAUUUGUGUGUCCUAUUUCUGUAGUUGAACAGAGCAACAGAAUAGAUUAAGUUGAGUUGUCAAAUUGUUAUGAUAUCACUUCUGUUUUCAUGUGGCCUUUAACACUGAAUUACGAACGUAUUUGGAAUGGGGGCGGGGGGUCGCUUUGUUAAAUGAUGGAGCAGCAAAUUAAUUUUCUAGGUACUUCAUGAUACGUAAUAAGCAAUUGAAUUACAAUGUAAUUUAGGUUCUAAACAAAAUUUGGAAAUCCCACCCUUAACUCUUCAUGGCUGUUAGUGGUUAACGAAUUACGUAGGUGGCAAAUAAAUUACGGAGUAAUUUCAAAACAGUGUUGCCCUGAUCAUGAGUUCUUAUAAUCAUAAAACUGACAUCAGAACAUGUCUUAAAAGUGUGGAGGUAACUGCAAAAGGGAUUUGAUGGAUUAAUUAGAGAAUAACAUCCUUUAGCUGGCUUCCACUUGGAAACUGACACUGUGUGAUAUGUGUAAGUUGCUACUUGAUAACCUGUAAAAAGUACCAAAAGAUAAUUUUAACAUAAUGGAUGAAUGAAAGUGGCUGGAAGUGUGUGUUUUGCCCUUGGUUGUGCAUAGAUUACAAUUAACUAGUGGAAAUAUUGCGGCAGAAUCUACCCAUGUCAAAUAAUCCCUAAGAGUAAAAGUGAACUGAUAGUUGUAAUCCGUAACUGAACCUGUUUGGUUUGGUAACCCAUAACAGCAGCUACUAAUUAUUUUUUUAACUGUUGAUCCAGUUACUAAAAAUGAACACUCUCAUAAUGAUACAUUAACGUGGCUACUACCAGAAUCAGUGUAUCAGCAAUGAAUAUUUUUAAAUUGUAGAAUGUAAUGUUCUCUUAGAGAAACUUGAAAGCAAUAAGCGAUUUCAGAAAAUCGGUACUAUUUAGCCACUGGAUGAAAGCUGUUCUGAAUAACUAAUCUACUAGAAAGUUCUGCUGAUUCACAGGUCAAGAACAGAAUUCAAAUAAAAACAUAGAAUUUAAUCCCUAGAUACUGUGCAUUGUGUGAUAGUGAGUGUCAGUUGCAAUAGUGGCUAGGGAAGACAUACUGUUAAUGUUAAAUGAUAAUAAGAGCAUAAAUGCAGUAAGGAGGAAAUGACAUUCAGUGAAGAAAGAGUUAAAAAUGCAACAAGGGAGGUGGCUGUCUAAAAGAAGUUGCAAAUUAAGCAAAAAAUAUAUAAGAUGAUGAAAUAGACAAAUUGAAUUGUACAGUAAUAAUUGGAAGAAGAAACAUAUGGAGUAAUUGCAUUUGAAAAAAUAUGGAAUAAUUAAAUAAGGAUAAAAAAAAAAGUGAUUCGCGUAACAAAGAAAAGUUAGCAGUUGCCCAGUUGAGUUGCUAACAAGAAGUCUAAUGCUGAGUCUACAGAAAAAGAACAUUAUUUGUUGGCUAUUUAAAAAGUUGUGCAGAACUGUUCCAUUGUUACCACUUAGCACAACUAUGUCCCAAGAGUACAGAAAUUCUUAUCCUCACAUCUAUACCAUACCAUUGCAAUUGCUAUUCCCCAAAUUCUCUUCCUUCUUGGCUCUAUCAUCUUUAAAACGUCUGCCAUAUUCCCAUACACAAACUCCGUCAUUCAGUUCUCCCAGCUGUCAGUUCUCUCAACUCAUCAGAAUGAUCCACCUCAGACUGUUCUGUUAUUGCCAAGUUAUUUUCAAGGCCUAUGACCGACAAAUUGUAAUUAAUUUUUAUUCUGAAGUUUGUUCAUUGUUCAAUUAGUGCAUGUCAUUUCCUAAUAAUCUUGUCAUUUAUAAUUUAUCUACUUCACUUCAUCUUUUAUUUCGUUUCCCAAGAGAAUAUGCUAUAGUUUCAAUAAAAAGUAGGAAUAAAUUUUUGUGCUUCUUCAUUGUUGUUUGUUCAUACUCACAAUUUCAUGUUACUGGUAUUUUUUUUUUCAUGGGAAAAAAUAUGUUGCAGAACUGAUUACUGUGCUGCUAUCACUACACACGAACAUAAAGAUUGUUUUAUAUAUGGAGAUAUUAAAUUCCAGUAGUAAUGUUUUGGUUUUGAGAUUUUGAUAUCAGCUGUUAACAGUAUGGAAAAAUUUACUAAACUACAUUGGACAUUGUUACAAGGUACAUAUAGUCUACAUAUGUGCAGCACAUUUUUGUGGUUGUAUAUGUGGUUCACCUGUUGUUGUUGUCAUUGUGUGGAUAUCUUUGUUACAGUUCUUUUUACUAUGAUCACACAGACAGAGUUUUUUACUUAUAGUGUCUAUUUUUGAUGAUCUCACUGGGUAUUUAGAAUCUAAAUAUACAACAGGUGUGUUCAGGGACACUCCAGUCUUUGUAGGCAUACUAAAUAUUGUGAGAGUCCCAGAUUUCAUCAUUCAAUUUCUUCGUAAUAAAGGUGGUGCUCAUCUGGUCCUGUGAUAGAUUGUUAAAUUUUCUAUUCAUGUUAUAAAUGUGCAAAAUAAUCAUACAAGUGGUAUACAUAAGUAAUGCUUAUUCAGAGUGAGCUGGAAUAGGCAGCUGAAUGUUUACGAUCUUCCAAAAAAAUUAUUCUUUCUGGCAAGGACAUUACAAGAAUCAGUUUGAAUUGAGCUCGAAGGGCGUGUGUGUUUGUGUGCUAUUGCUUUGUGAUGAAUGAAAAUACAGUGUAAUCUUUACUUGUAAAUUCUUCUUGUACAAAUUGCAGAGACUGUUCUUCCUUUAAAAAAAAAAAAUUAAAAAAUAUAAAUGCUGGAAAACGCAUAUUUGGAAAACACUUGAUGUUGUGCCUUGGAUAUGUGUUUUGAAUUUUAUAUGUGACUAAGAUCAGUGGAAAAAUGUUUUAGGGGAUAUCAAGUUACAGGCAGUACAGAACAAUUGAAAUAACAAUGUGACUGACAAAUGGAAAAUAGUAUUCCCAGAUGGUGCACAGUGUAUUAUAAUUUCAUAUUUUUUUCAGUUUUAAAUUUAUUCUCAUAUGAAGGUAAGACAGCACUCAGGUGCAGUGAUAAGUUCCAGAUAACACGCUCCUCUAAGUUCUCCUAACAGUCAGUCACACAGUUAUGUCAAUAAUUCUGUAGAUUAAUUAUUAUUGAUUUGUAACAGCAUACCCUGUGUUAAAUGAUUUGGCAAUGUAGAUAGUUUAAGUAACAAAACUUAGAGCUUUUUAGGCAAUGUAUAUUUACCAGUAUAUUUGUCGAAGUGUGCGUCAACAGAUUAGAUACAAAAUUUGUUUACUGUUAAGACUGAGAGUUAGUUGUUGCAAUAUAUUUUUGAUGCUACAAAUUUUUACUAGAAUUUUCAUCUUCUUGUACAAUGAAAAAUAUUCAUUAUUUGUUGGCAUAUCAUGAGUUAUAUAUAAUGUAUUAAAACAGGAAUGUAAUUGUUAUCUGUGUGUUGUGUUCUGCAUAUUGCUGAUUAGGAGUGAUUACUGUAUUUCCUAGUUCUGUUUGAGUGCAGGAUGUUAUGUUUGCAUGUAUCCUAAAAGAACAGAAAAUACUUGUUAUAAAAUGUGACUACCUCAGCAAUCUAUCAAAGAAAAAGCUAGGAUUUAUUUUAAAUUGUGUAAAUAAAAAUCUUUCUUAUAUUAAAA